CGCCCACUGUGUCCCCGGCGACCCCCAGCCCCCCGUGCCCCCCGCGCCCGGGCGCCCACUGUGUCCCCGGCGACCCCCAGCCCCCCGUACCCCCCGCGCCUGGACGCGAUCCGUGGCGGCCCCCGGCUGGGCUCCGGCCGGGCGGGGACUCCGCGCGCGCACGGGACGGGCCUCGCCAGCACCCUCCAGUGCCUCACCUGUGCCUGCUCUCUGAGUGAAAGGCCUGUUCUCAACGGCUCCCCUCCCUCUACAAUGGCCAGGUCCUUAUGAUGUAGUGACCACACCAAAUAGCAGGUCAGUUGUCCCCAGGAGCAAGGAGAACAGAGACAAGGUGUAAGACAGGGAAAGGAUGGCUGCCUGUGGUUCCAGAUAUUCCAAAGUCUGCGUUGAUGUCUUCCCGAAGUUCCAGAGGGAGCAGAGGAUGGAGCCCACUCUGCCCUUCCACCAAGGGAGAGAGAAUUUUGCAGAGACCUAGAAUUUGGGAUGUGUGACCUUGGAUAAGUAAUUUCCCUGCUCUGUGCCUGUUUCCACAUUUAUAUCAUGGGCCAGUUGAUGCGAAAAGCACAGUGCACAGCUCAGGAGCUCUGCAAACGCAGAGGGUGGAAGAUGGUACCAGCCACGUGGGAGCCAGAGGAGGAGCCUGAAGCCAGGGCAAGAUGGAGGAGCCCACGCCCGAGCCUGUCUUCGUUGACGUGGACAAAGGGCUAACCUUGGCCUGCUUCGUCUUCCUCUGCCUCUUCCUCGUGGUGAUGAUCAUCCGCUGUGCCAAGGUCAUUAUGGACCCUUACAGCGCCAUCCCUACAUCCACCUGGGAGGAGCAGCACCUGGAUGACUGAGGCGCCACAGGACCCGGCCCUGCGUCCCCUGGCCACGGGCCUACAAGCCCGCAGCGGCGGGGAAUGGGUGCAGCCCUCGCGGGUGGAGAAGGUCCACUUGGCCUUGCCAGCCCUUACUCCAUCACAGAGUGAAAUGCCCAGGUGCUCUGAGGUGGCCUGGGGGUAAGAGGAGGGGACCGGACUGGGGGUCCAAAAGGAAACGGGGUGCUCACCUUCCCUGGCCCCUGUGCUCCUUUAGGAAUUAAAUCCAGCAAGACAUCCCUUGCCCCCACGAUGCACAGAAGAAUUCUCCUCUGGGGGAGACAGUCCUUAAAAUGCAAAGUAGCACAUGGAGACGCCCGCCCAGUGAAGAGGUCCCCACCUCCCAGCCGAGUGCCCCCGGGUUAGCAAGGGAGAGGCUGACCAGGGCUGAUAGGGGCGGUGACAGGCGCAAUGCACCGGCUACUUCCACACAGUUUUUGUUUUUUUUUUAACUAAAAUAUGGAGAGAUAUAUUUUUCCUGUUAUAAAUAAAAUGUGCAUUUUAGAAAUUUGGAGAAAUACAAAUAGAAGGAAAGGGGGAAAAUCACACUCACAUCCCACCUCCCAGAAGGGCCUUUAUCAUAUGUUUUCUUCCACCCUUUUCUACAUGUGAUUUUUAGUCAAAUUCAUGCUUCAUGCUCGAUGCUGUGUGGGUUCAUAUGACAGCAUUAAUACACCCCGUUUCAUCACUCUAUAUAGCCAUCUUUUUUUAAUGAUACAGAGUAAUUUAUCAGGUGGAUAGGUCAUGGUCUAAUAAUCAUCUCCUCACUUUUCCUCACACAAAAUUAUUUCACCUAGUAACCUCGUGAGGGUCACAGUCCACAAGAUGAAUAUUGGACAGGAAGACCUGGAUUCUAGCCAUGCUUUGGCCACUCAAAGGCUGUGUGACAUUGAGCAAAUCACUUCACCUCUCUGUGCCUCAGUUCCCUCAUUGUAUAACAGAGAAGAAAAGCCUUGCCACUUUUAAGUUUCUUUUUUUUUUUUUUGCGUGUAUCUUGCAUGAAUGAAAGGACAGGAGAGGCAGUGCUUUGAACAUAAAUUUCUGGUGGGGAAGGAAUAAGUUGUUGGUAAGGACUGCUGGGAGCCUCCCUUCUUCCUUCCCUCCUUCCCCAUCUGUGACCUUGCAGCAUCAACAUUGAUCAGAGCCAACAAACCUGAUGACAAGUCCCAAUUCCUAUACCUGCUCGUUAUGUGACGCUAAAUAACUCACUUAGCCUCUCUGAGCUCCCAUUUCCUCAUCUUUAAAAUGGGGGAAUAAUGUCUACCUCACAAGGUGGUUGUGAGAAUGAAACAAGAGAGCACUGGUAGAUAGUGUUCUUUCUUAAACCACAGGGGUCCAUGCUGGGAGGAGCAGGGGUUCUGAGUUCUUCCCUCCUCCCUGCAGAGCCCUGAACCUGGGCCUUCCUCAACUUCAAGGGCCUCUUCCUACAGGCCAGAUCUCCAGUCAGAACACUGGUCAGAGGAAUACAACAACCCCUCCCCAUUCUAGGACCCGACCUUUACGGACAUGAUGUCCACCAACUGACAUCACUGUCAUUAUGAAAUGAAACUAGAUGCCUGAGCUCCCCUGCCUCUGCCGGCAUAGACCCAGCCUGCCUUCCCACUCUGGGGAGACCUACAGAUGUGAAGACACUCAGGGCUCUCAUCCCAUCACCUGCCUCCCAGCCCUAGAUCCCCACCCAUCCCAGGCUUCUUGGGAAAUGUAUUUCCAAAGCACUCUCACCACUAGUUGACCCCCAAAAGUGGUCAAGGCCAUAGCUGUCCAGGCAGCACUCCUAGGUGUAUCCAGUUCCCCUCCCCCACCGGCAUGGAUCAGGAUGCAGAGGGGACAGCUGACAGAGGCCAUGGGCCAGGUGCCUAGCAGGGUCCGCACAGGAAAGAGCCUGUGCUUUGCCCAGGCGCAGUAGCAGCCUUACCUGUGAAGCAUACCUCAGAGACCCCAGCACAGCCACAGAAAGCCCAGUACAGCAUAAAUCAGAACUGGCACCGAGUCAGCUAAUCACAGACCCCAGGAACCCAGAGAGGCCUAGCUACCUCUGCUGGAGGCACAUUAGGACUCCCUGUACCCCAGGGCAGUGCUUACUCAACUGUGGCUGAAGGGCUUGGUCCAGCUCCAGACCUAUAGACUCCAGGUCUCUGGAGUGGAGCCCAGGAGGCCACAUUGGCAAGACCCGCAGGCAUUUUAGGUGCUGGUUAAAGUCAGAAGCUCUGCCUGGGUCCCAGUUAGUUCCUUUCCAAGCCUAGGUUUGCUAAUAUUUACUAUCUUAUCUCUCUUUCUUUCUCUCUCUCUCUCUCCUUUUUUUUUUUUUUUGACACAAGGGGAAAUAAUAAGAUUUCAGAAAGGGUGCAAAAUAUAAAUAUCAAGCCUCCAAUAAAACAGUGGUUUUCAUUUGUGUCCCUAUAGACCCUUCUAAUCAUUGUCCUUGUGCAAGAGACAUUCUUUUCAUAAAUGCCAUCAGUUCUACAACUUUGGAGCACACUCUCUCCCAACGUCGCAUCACAAGCACACUUUACUGUUGCUGCUACAGUCCUCACAUGUAUCAUUUUAAUAGCUACCAAACAUGACAUCUGGUACACACAUAAUUAUAUAGACUCCUGUGAUUAAAUACUUGGAUUUGCUUCGUUUUUCCCAUUAUCUGUGUACUGAGUAGAACAAAGAAAGAUGGAAAUGGAUAAGAUGACCCAUGGGGGCUUGCUCAGGACAGGACAAGAACAGCCCCUCCUUCUAAGAGACACGGGGAGGGAGCCUUGUCUAAGAAUUUGAUCCUAUUAAGGGGAAGGAAACAAUGGGAUUUCAGGCUUCGGUUUUUGCAUUGUGCUGCUGGAGCAUGGCGGAAUGGUCCUGUGUGAUCAGAACACCUUCACUCAUUUCUGGGUGGCCAAGAUGAAAUUUGGGGUUGUAGGUAGAGAGUUAAACUAUUCAGCAAAAAAAAUGAAUAAAAGUGUGGAAGGCUGGAAAGCUGGCAGAGAGGAAAUGAAAAGCAUUCAGAGAAUGAAAGGCCUAUAUCGUUGGCUUCAAUCCAGGACUUAAGAAGAAAAUGGCCCCAGAGAAAAUCCCCACAGCAGAGCAGGGCUGGUGGGUGUUCCAGACAGUGGCAUCCAGUGGCCAGUUUUAAGCUGUUGCCUGUUCUGUGCUCGGUACAAUCCCUUCAUGUUACUGGAAACCCUCGCUAAUGUCUGGUACACAGUCUGCUAUGUGGCAGCGGUGUUGGGGACCAUGAAGACAUCGUGGUGGUGGACAAAGCAAGGACAUCCAAUCUGGAAGAGGCCAGCAGUCCCAGACAUGAGUGGGGUUCACAGAAGCAAGAAAUCAAGAGUGGUGGUCACCCUGCAGAAAGGCGGAUAUGAAUAGAAAGGCACAAUUCCAUCAUGGCUAUUUUAUCUUUUCCAUUAGUCACUCCACAUGUUCUUACUGAAUUGAAAGCCCACUGUCUCCCUGUCUUGUAAAACUAUCUCAGAAUCCCAGAG